UAAAGCGGGCGGCAGAGGGAAGGGGCUCCAGGAGGUGGCACGGCAGCGGGCGCAGGUGAGGGACCCUCCGGCUGGCCUGGCGGGACCCCCAGGCCUGGUGCUGCCCUGUGUCCCACCAAGCUCUACACCGGAGCCUUUUGGGGGUGACGUCUGGAUUCAUCCCGGUGCCUGAGUGCUCCCCGGUGAGGACCCGCUCAGGACAGGGAGAAGACCCCGGAGUUGGGGGGACGGCGAGGGCAGUGAGUGGCAAAAUGGAGUCUUUGUCCUUCAGUGGGGAUUUCUUCAGCUUAUUCCCCUUCAACUACACCUACGACUACAGCACGGCCAUGCCCGACACUGCUAUCUCCUCUGCCCCGUGCCGGCCCGAUGGCUCUGUCCUCAACAAGUACCUGGUGGUGGUGAUCUACUGCCUCGUCUUCAUCCUCAGUGUGGUGGGGAAUGGGCUGGUGGUGCUGGUGGUGACCUCCAGCCACACCAACCGCUCUGUCACCGAUGUCUACCUGCUCAACUUGGCUGUGGCCGACCUGCUCUUCGCCCUCAGCCUGCCGCUCUGGGCUGCCUACCGAGCCCAUGAGUGGGUCUUUGGCACCGUGAUGUGCAAAGCCAUCUCUGUGCUGCAGGAAGCCAACUUCUAUAGCGGCAUCCUGCUGCUGGCCUGCAUCAGCGUGGACCGCUACCUGGCCAUUGUCUACGCCACUCGGGCCGCCACUGAAAAGAGGCACUGGGUGAAGUUUGUCUGCUUGGGCAUCUGGGUCUUCUCCGUGCUGCUCUCCUUGCCCGUGCUACUCUUCCGUGAGGCUUUCACCUCACCAGGCAACGGCACCGUGUGCUACGAGCGCAUUGGUGGCGAGGACACAGCCAAGUGGCGGGUCGUGCUGCGUAUCCUGCCGCAGACCUUCGGCUUCGCCCUGCCCCUCCUGGUGAUGCUCUUCUGCUAUGGCGUCACCAUCCACACCCUCCUGCAGACCAAGAAUACCCAGAAGCAGCGGGCCAUGAAGGUCAUCUUCGCCGUGGUGCUGGUCUUCCUCAUCUGCUGGCUGCCCUACAACAUCACGCUGGUGAGCGACACCCUCAUGAGGACACGGGCCAUUGCUGAGACCUGUGAGAGGAGGAAUCGCAUCGACGCGGCCCUCUCCAUCACACAGGUCCUGGGCUUUGCCCACAGCUGCAUCAACCCCAUCAUCUACGCCUUCAUUGGGCAGAAGUUUCGCAACAGCUUCCUCAAGAUCCUGGCUCAGCGUGGGCUCAUCAGCAAGGAUGCUGUGGCCCGCUACGGACGCACCUCCUACGCCUCCACCUCUGGCAACACCUCCACCACCCUCUGAGUCCUGCUAGGACCUGACCUUUGUGGCUUCCAGCAGGUUCCAGCACCCCAUGCACCCCAGCAUCCUCGCCCAGCUCCCUGGGACACGGGCAGUGGUGCCACAGGGAUGGGCAGGGCCACCACUGGAUGCUGGACCCCAGCUGAAAGGGGGCUUGGGUGGCGAGGGGGUAGGACCCCAUUGCUAGGGGAGUGAUGCCAAGCACUGCCCACCCUCCCUGCUCUUUGGGACAGAGCAACUCCGCUGUGGGCAUGGUGUUUGUGGCCAACGGCCAUCCAGCAAUAAAGCAG